UCAUGGGAAUAAUUACUGCGAAUGGUAGUGCUGCUGGCUCACUGCUCAGCCCUGCCACCAGGGGGCUCAAGAGAGUGCUGUGGGCACUGAUGCUAGUCAUGUCUGUUACUGUCUAUGGCUCUCAUGCUCCCCUCCUGACUCUGUGUAAAGUGGAUGGAAAGAUCCCAUUCAGUGCCUCAUCUGUUGUGGUUCUUACUGAGCUGACCAAGCUGGUGCUCUCCUUCAUUUCCCUGCUGAUCUGGGACUGGAGGCAGCUGGGAGUCUCACUGUCAUGGCGCCAUGCUGCCCCCUUUGCCCUAUCUGCGCUGCUCUAUGCUGCCAACAAUAACCUGGUGGUUCACAUGCAGCUGUUCAUGGAUCCUAGCACCUACCAGGUCCUGAGUAACCUGAAGAUUGGCAGUACUGCUCUCCUGUACAGCAUGUUCCUGCACCAAAGACUCUCUCUACACAAGUGGCUGGCCCUCUUCCUGCUAACAGCUGCUGGGGUGAGCUACACCUAUGGGGGCCUCCAGGACCUGCAGCACUCCUCCAGCUCCUCUGAGAUGCAGCUGCACCUCACCCUGAUUGGCUUGCUGCUCAUCUCUGUGUACUCCCUGAUAUCAGGCCUGUCUGCUGUCUAUACCGAAGUCAUCCUGAAAACCCAAGAUCUGCCACUUACCCUCCAGAACCUGUUUCUUUACUUCUUUGGAGUCCUGCUGAACUUGAUUGCCCAUCUCUUGAGCAGCAAUGGGGCUGGAUUCCUGGAUGGCUUCUCUUUAUGGGUGCUGGUAAUUGUGGUGAGCCAGGCCCUGAAUGGCUUGAUAAUGUCUGUUGUCAUGAAGCACAGCAGUAACAUCACCAGGCUCUUUGUUAUCUCCUGCUCCAUGCUUGUUAACGCCCUCCUAUCUAUCCUGCUCUUCAGCCUGCAGCUCACUGCCUUUUUCUUCCUUGCUGUCCUGCUGAUCGGCUUGGCUGUUCACUUGUAUUAUGGAGUCAAAUAGACUCCACCUUGCAGCUCUGUGGGAGACAUCUGGUAUUGAAGCUAUAGCUGGCAUGUUCUGGGCUAUUAUGUGGGAGUGGCAACGGCUUGUUCGUUUUUUUUUUUUGUCUCAUUUUUAUGUAACAAAUGCAUUAGUCUGGCCUGGCUGCACUCUUAGAGGGCAGAUUCCCUUCAGAACCCAUCACCUGAGGUCAGGGACAAGCAUGUGUGAGGCAGUAGGGCUGCAGCUGAAAGCUACUGGCUAUCACAAGCAGACCUUGCCUGUAGCUAGCAUGUGCACUGUGAGGAAUUGCACUAUUUGUUGUGCAGCACGAAGAAGCAGGAGGGGAUCUGUCCCCACGGAAGGGGACAUGUUCAUUGCAUGGGCUCAGUAUUCUGCAUACAGGGACUCUGUCCCGCAAGGCACUGACUCAGCAGCCGCCAUUGGUGUCUGCAGGAUCAGGCCCAGGCCCAAUGUAUCCCUUUUAGGGGAAGGGCGAGAGGGCUUCCUGGUGAAGACUAAGCCAGUGACAGUCACAGCAGUUUAAUGGGGUCCUCUGUGACCAUCUCCCCUUUUGCCUGAGCUCCCGUCCUAAGGCCCUUUCUUGGAGGGCUUUGAGGGACUCUCUUUACAUCUGAGCAGCACCUAUUCCAGCUCAUUCAAGGACCACUUGUGUGAUGUGAGCUGCUCCCUUCUCUGGCCAUGCCUUGUGCCUCCACAAUGCUCUGAGCUCUGAUCCAGCCAUUACAGAUUCAAAGUGCCUUUUGGAAGGGGAUAGUCCCGGUUUUGUGCACAUCCUCUGCGGUGAGCUGCACACUGGCUCCAAGGCAGAGCCUUGUUCUCAUGCAGCACUUGGCAAAUGUAUUUUCCAGAUCCCUUCCUACCUGCUGCUCUCAUCUCUGUAACAAAGCACCAAAGAGCCGGCAACUCUUCUGUCAGUGUAAACGAUACAUGUAACUGUCUCCCUGGAAAGUUCCAGUGACAUGACCAGCUGCUGUUCAGCUGGGGGCCUGUGUGUACAUGGUUAUCACUCACACUCCUUGCACACGCACACUGGUGCAUGCGCUUCUCCAAAUCUGGCUCUUAGCCUGUAGUAGACUCCUGGAUCCAGAUCCUCAAAGGCACCUAACGCCUACUGAUUCCAGUGGGAGCUAGGUGCCUAAAUACCUUUGCAGAGCUUAGCCCUGAUCACCUGGGCUUCAGCUGGAACCCAUCUGGUGAAUCUGUCACUAGCAUCAGCCCAUUUCCAAGGUACCCAAUGCCUACAGCUGACUCCUGCUUGCCCUUUGGAUUGAAGCAUAGAUCUGUAUCUUCAGUAUGAAAGCAGCUACUGUUGAGUGUUAGCUGAGCUGUCAACUAUGAUGUGCUGCAGGAGCUGGGGUGGUGGCUUGAAGCCAGAGGAGUUUCCUGUUGAUUGGGAGAGAGGAAAAGAAACUUCCAAAUAAAAUGGUUGGAAUCAUUAAGAUGCCCAGAAUUGAAGGCAGGGGUGAUUGCAGUGCUGGGGCAGGAGCUGGUUUGGCAGCCCUGCAGACUGACCCUUCUGUCUAGACACAAAACAGAUGCAGGCCUGGCAGUCCCAGCUUCCCGCACACAUGCCAGUGGCCCACCUUGAGGGACCCCAUCUCUGUUCAGUCUCCAUGGUCCAGUCUGUUUUUUGGGGGCUGCUCAGGCAGGCAGCGGGGCUGCCAGUUGUCAGUCAGGUGGUGGAGACCUGCCCCCUUGAAAAUUGUCCUUGCCAAGCCCUGGAUUUCUCCAUAAAUGACUGAACCCUUUACAAGCAACUGACUGGGUGGGAGGAAGGCAGCUCCCUGCUGUAGGAGCCUGAGCAGUCAGCUUGGCAGGGGAGAGCUUUCUGCUCUGCCAUUCCCUGUACCCAACCUCAUCAGGGGUCUGCAUGUACUGGGCGAGGGGUUCAGCUGUUUCCAGAGUAGGAUGUCUGAACAGGGGCUAAUACUUCCUCCCUAGCCUAGAAAUGUAGUAAAAGCGCACUCUGAGAGGCAGGGCUGGAGCUUUGGGCUGACCCAUGUGGUCUUGCACUGCCUUCCCCGUACACCUUUCCACUGACCAUGCUGUCUCCUCCAAUGCACCUGCCCGUUAACCUGUAGAAGCCACCACAUGCAGCUGCUGCCUCCUGGGACAGAGGUCUGACUACAUUCCACACUCCUGCCAGCUCCAACUCGGGCUGCCCUGGAGUGUUGUACUUCCCAGUAUGCUGUUGGGCAGAUCCUGUGCUGUACAGCCCAAACUCCCUACCUCAGGGAAGCUGUACCUCAUCUCAUGAAUUGAAUUGCCCAUUUCCCACUGUGCCAGUCCCAGGCUUGCAGUUCCAGGCUGGGGCAGGGCAGGGGGCAGCCAUUCCUGCUACAGGCCUCUGAUCCCACUUGACCUGGAGUCCCCAUGGGAACAGUGCAGCUGCAUGGGACUAUUGCCCUGCUUCUCAGCUGAUGCCUGCAGCAGUGCACGUUUCUGAGAGUGAAUAUUUAGUCUGUAUAAAUGUUGGGUUUGUAUCUGGAUUUGUACUACCUUAGGUUUGACAAGGUUCAAUUCCUGUCACCCCCAGUGCGCCAGACAGCAACGCCUACCCUGGCGCUGGCUGUGGUAUUAAAACCUGCACUUUCCUAUUC